CCAUAACCCAAACAAACAUUAACAAGUGUCUGAACACCUGAUGCUAGUCAAUUAAAAAACUAUUAAAGCCAAUCAACUGUAAAGAUCACGGAGUGCAAAUUAGUUGACAAUUCAAAAGUCUCAUUAUCGCACCAACGAAUCAGCCUGAACUUUUUCCAUCUCUGAGAAAAAUACUUUCGAUAUGAAAGUGAUAAUCAACCAGCAUCUCGAAUAAACCGGGGUAAUCACGCCAGCGUACUUAUAGCGAAUGUAAAAAUGAAAUGGGGCAUUGGGUGAAAGUACUUCUCGGGGCUGUGACUUCAAACACCGGUUGGAGUCUCUUAUAUCAGAUCAGUUUGGUAUGAACAGUGGUGGCUAAAUGAUGCACGAUUCUUAGUUAACAUUGAUAUUUCAAUAAUUCAGGUAUAAUUGUGGUUAAAAUAUUGAAAUUCCAAUCAAUGAUUGAGUCUGUGAUUAAUCUCAGUGGUAUUAUCUGUACGUCCAGUGGCCAUACCACGCUGAUUAUCGUCAGGAGGCUUUAUUUAUAGUUCAGUUCACCCAGCUAUGCUGUCAGUCCAUUAGUUCAACUCCACUUGAAGAGUUGAAGACAAUUUCAUCAGCAGUUCGAUCAACGAGUUUUCAAAAUUGUGACAAGUCCAUUUUGGAGAUUAACUUUUCAAGAUGUUGGUGAUAUUGUGCUUACUAGUGGCACUAGUUGGUCCGGGUUUUUGUCUUGAGAAUGGCCUUGCCAGGACUCCUCCCAUGGGAUGGUUGGCGUGGGAAAGAUUCAGAUGCAAUACUGACUGCAAGAAUGAUCCGGAUAACUGCAUAAGCGAUGAACUCUUCAGGACAAUGGCAGAUCUUUUGGUGGCCGAGGGCUAUGCCGAUCUCGGCUAUAACUACGUGAACAUCGAUGACUGCUGGUCGGAAAAACAUCGUGGUUUCAACAAUGAUCUCAUCCCAGAUCGCCAGAGAUUCCCGUACGGACUCAAGGAUCUCGGCGAUUAUAUUCACUCGAAAGGACUCAAGUUCGGUAUCUACGGUGACUAUGGCAAUUACACGUGCGGCGGAUAUCCCGGCAGCAUUUCGCACAUGGAGAGAGAUGCAAGCAUGUUCGCAUCGUGGGACGUUGAUUAUGUCAAAUUAGAUGGAUGUUAUGCUGAUCCCUUUGACAUGGACAAAGGGUAUCCUGAGUUCGGCUUCCACAUGAACAGAACCGGGCGCAAUAUGGUUUAUUCUUGCAGCUGGCCAGUUUAUCAAAUCUAUGCGGGAAUAACUCCAAAUUGGACGAGCAUUAUAAAACACUGCAAUCUCUGGCGAAACUACAACGACAUUCAGGACUCCUGGGCGAGCGUCGAGACGAUAAUCGACUACUACGGUGAUAAUCAAGACAAAAUUGUACCGAAUGCCGGACCAGGCCAUUGGAACGAUCCAGACAUGCUGAUAAUUGGCAAUUUUGGCCUCAGUUAUGAACAGAGUAAAACACAAAUGGCCCUAUGGGCCAUUUUUGCUGCACCACUGUUGAUGUCAGUGGACCUAAGGACAAUAAACCCCGAGUACAAAGCCAUUCUUCAAAAUAGAAAGAUCAUUGCUGUUGACCAGGACCCGUUGGGCAUCCAAGGGCGCCGAAUCUACAAGGAAAAAGGCAUUGAAAUUUGGGCUAGGCCGAUUACACCAGUGUACCAGAAUAAUUACUCUUACGCACUGGCAUUCGUCAAUAGAAGAACGGAUGGCACGCCCUCGGAUGUGUCGGUAACGCUGAUGGAAUUGGGACUGAAUUUUUCAGAAGGUUACAAAGUUGAGGAUCUCUACGAAGAUCAAAAGUACGACAUCCUACGUCCCGAGACGAAGAUCAAGGUUAAAGUGAAUCCCUCGGGCGUUGUGAUCCUUCGUUGUGAUCUCCAUUUAGACACUAUACUCGCACGUAAUCAUUACUCUCGUUUCUCGCCAUUCAGUCCGGUGUUUGAAGUUAGCCAGAACUCUUUUGAGUAGAUAGAUAUAUAUAUAUUUUUUUUUAUUGUUUAUUACGUUUUUUUGCCAACUAAGCAGUGAUCUAAUAUUCUCAUUUUAGUUAUUAAUGACUGGUUGAUUGAUCGUUAAUCAUGAAUUUUUACACAAUUGUAGACGAAACAUGAAAUUAAAUGGAACAAACGUGA